GCAAAAGGGGCUGCAGGUGAGAAAGCAACGAUAAGGGGAACAAAAACCACAGUAAUUUGUGUCGAGACAACUCCUCUAUAAAACUUGUGACAAAGUAGAGAGGGGUUUAAAGACCAGCACCAUGACUGGGCCAACCAAACUCCUGCUCCUUGUUCUGAUGAGCCUUUGUCAAAAUGGGCUAGGAAGUGACAUCGUAAAUGGCAAAAAGGUGCCGAAGAAUUUGAUGCUGUACAUGGCCUUGGUGCAGAACAGCCAGGGUCAGAGAUGUGGGGGAUUCCUGAUCAGUCAAGACUUUGUGCUAACUGCUGCGCACUGUAACGAUAUAAAACCUUCAACCGUCGUUCUCGGCACGCACAAUCUUAAGAAUGUCACCAAAGACAUGAGAUAUGGCAUAGCCAAAAAAUGCAUACCCCCGCAUUUCACGAAGGCUGCAAAUGGAGGUGACAUCAUGCUUCUCAAACUAUCUAGGAAACCUCCACUCAAUAACAGAGUACAACCAGUUCAACUUCCUAAGGCUGCCAAUAAGAUCAAGGACAACGCUAAGUGUCGUGUCGCAGGAUGGGGUCUCACAAAAACUGAAGGUCCAAAUGUUGAUGUGCUGCAAUUCACUGAGGUCCCUAUUGUCAACCUGGAGGUCUGUAAGAAACAAUGGAAAAUCAUUAACUUUGAUCUCCCCAAAAACGUCAUCUGCGCCGGAGGGUAUAAAGUAAAGAAAGGCUUUUGUCAGGGGGAUUCUGGGGGCCCACUGGUGUGUGGCGGGACAGCGGUUGGUGUUGUGUCCUUUAACAUGAGGAAGGACUGUGACUACCCGAACGUACCCAAUGUCUACACAGAUAUAUCCAAAUAUCUGCAGUGGAUCAAAGACGUUCUCAAGAAAAAGAGCUGUUGAUUCUACUGAGAUGCUGUAAAUGAAAGUGCAAGUCAAAAAAAAUGUUCUAAGGCAGUUUAAUGAUUUAAAAAAUGUUCAACUUUUUUUUUCAUCACAUGUGUGUUGAAUGGAAUGAUUGAGUGUUCUGUUCUUCUUUGUCAUGCUUUUCAAACUUUAAAAAAUGAACAAUUUUGAAAUAGCUGCCAAAAUUUUUUAAAAUUAAGAUUUCAUGGAUAUCUGUUAAGGUUUUUGAUCCAGCUCAAAUGGAUUUUCUUGUUUUUACCAAAAUAAAAUAAAGCAAAGGGGAAAAUAAGUAGGUUGUGGCCUACUUUCCCCAGAAUCCACCAGAAUUCUACAAUGAAGUAAAACCUGCAGGAAGAAGUGUCCAGAUUUAAUGUUAACUUAGUGACUCACCCUCGCAUAUCUGAAAUGCAAAAAGGUAAUUUUGAAAUGCUUUUCUAUCUUUAUGCUCUCUAAUAAACAACAUAUGCUUUUGGUUUUAAUGGCUAUUGUGGUUUUGAAAAAUAAAGUAAUCAGUGCAUAAAAAAGAGG